AUGGUCCGCUAUUACCGAUCUGCUGCUACUCGUAUACCCGGUGAUUAUGAUGUGGAACCGUCGGAUUCGCAGAACGCAAAAGUUCCUCGUUUGUAUUUUGCUCAGCUUGGGCACGAAAGGCAUAAGCCUGAUUUUGAACAUAACAGAGCUCUGGUCAGUGCUUAUUGCGUUAACAGCCGCUCCACUAUGGCCGCUUUUCAAAAUUAUCGGUGA